CCGCAUGCUAUCGAUGUAGGAGGAUCAACUCCAUUCCUGUGGGUAUUUGAACAGCGGGAUAAAUUGUUGGAAUUCUGUGAAAGAGUCUCGUGGUUCAGAAUGCAUAUCAGCUUCAUACAACCAAGUGGAGUGGCACAAGAUCUGUCUCAUGGCUUAUGUCGAGAUAUUGAUUUUUCAACACAACAAUUUGCUUCUCGUAUCGACAAAAUUAGAAUAGAUGUCGACCGGCAACCGCCUAUCUGGAAACAACGACUAGCGGAUAUGAGAUUGGAAGCUGAGAUUCCAGGGUACUCAUGUCCUCCACUUUGA